AUGCCCUUCGCACAACUCGUCUUGGGGAGUCCAGGCUCGGGAAAGAGCACUUAUUGCGAUGGCAUGCACCAGUUCAUGAGCGCAAUAGGACGUGAAUGCUCUGUUGUGAACUUAGAUCCUGCCAACGACCACACGAGCUAUCCCUGUGCCUUAGAUAUUCGCGACUUAAUUACCCUCGAAGAUAUCAUGAAAGAUGACCAGCUUGGACCAAAUGGCGGUAUAUUAUACGCGUUUGAAGAGCUUGAGAACAACAUGGAGUGGCUUGAGAAUGGACUGAAGGAGUUGGGAGAAUCAUAUAUUCUUUUUGACUGUCCCGGCCAAGUUGAGCUAUAUACGCAUCAUAACUCACUCCGGAAUGUUUUCUUCAAGCUCCAAAAGUUGGGCUACCGACUUGUCGCCGUCCAUCUUUCCGAUAGCUUCUGCCUUACUCAACCUUCCCUUUACAUAUCCAACCUACUACUAACCCUUCGCGCCAUGCUCCAGAUGGAUCUUCCUCAUAUAAACGUUCUUACCAAGAUCGAUAAAGUCUCGUCCUACGACCCGCUGCCCUUCAACCUCGAUUAUUAUACCGAAGUACAAGACCUCUCGUACCUUAUGACGGUCCUUGAAGAGGAAUCGCCUGCAAUGCGCAGUGAUAAGUUCCGUAGACUAAACGAAGCUGUCGCCAACCUAGUUGAGAGCUUUGCUCUGGUUCGUUUCGAAGUUCUUGCUGUUGAAAAUAAGAAGAGCAUGACGCAUCUUUUGCGGGUUAUCGAUAGAGCGAGUGGUUAUGUUUUCGGCGGCGCGGAGGGCGCAAAUGACUCCGUCUGGCAGGUUGCAAUGCGCAACGAAGGAUCGAUGAUGGAAGUCCAGGACAUCCAAGAGAGAUGGGUUGACGCGAAAGAUGCAUAUGAUGCAGCAGAGGAUAAGGAGUGGGAAGAGCAGCGCAGAGGAAUGGAGGGCGAUACGGGAACUACCACACCAGACCUGAUCCCAGAUGAUGACGAUGACGAAUUCGACGGAAUGCCGCCACCAACAGGCGAUAGCGGGAUUAAGGUAGUUCGCAAAAAGCAGUGA